AUGCUGAGUUUUUUUUGGAACGCAAGAGGGAUCAAUGAUCUUAACAAGCAUCAAUGUUUUAGGAGCUGGAGGCUUAAGAAUAAGCCUUUUAUUGGUUGUUUGGUGGAGACGCAUGUUUUGGAACCAAAUGCUCCAUCGGUUAUUGCUUCUAUUCUACCGGGUUGGAGAAUGGAGUCUAACUAUCAAUAUUCUCAUAUUGGUAAGUUAUGGUUAGUAUGGGAUCCAGCGAUUUCGUUGGUUAUGUAUAAGAAAUCCCUACAGCAGAUUACUUGUGGUGUGUUUUUAGCUGAAAGUUGUAGAAGCUUCACCAUCACUUUUGUCUAUGCUUCUAACCUGCGUGCGGUUAGAAGAGACCUUUGGGCUGAGAUACAUGACAUAGGAAGGAAUCAGAACCUGGUUAACUCGCCUUGGCUUGUUGUUGGUGACUUCAACCAGACUUUAGUGGCUUCUGAUCACUCCCUUAGAGAUGAAUUUGAAACAGUUUCUCCAGGAAGUAGAGAAAUGCAACAUUGUCUAAAUGAUCAUGAUGCUUGUUGCUUCAGAAUUCCAAACUUGGCUCCAAAGCCAAAGCGUCCUUUCAAGUUUAAUCUCCACCUGAUACAUCACCCUGAAUUCUUAUCUAUAGUGGAAGAGGCUUGGAGAGGUUUUCGUGUUGUUGGUUCCUCAAUGCAGCAGACCACUCGGCAUAUUCCAAUAUACAGAAGAGAACUUUUGAAGCUUUGGAGAGUCUCAAGCUUUCUCAACAAGAGCUUCUCUCUAGCCCGUCAACCAUUGCUGCGGAGAGAGAACUUUUAG